AUGCUUGGGCUUUGGGAAGGUAGUCCACGGGCUUCCAGGAUGCUGGCUAUCCUUCUGGCUGUGGCUCCAGUGGUUUCCAGCCUCAGAACUACAACUGGAUCGCCCUGUGCGGAUGUCUGUGGCACAAUAACCAACACCACAUCUUCCGAGAUUUCAUGUCUGGAUCAGUCGUAUAACACAACCUCCGCCGGAAAGGAGUUCGAAAAAUGUAUAUCAUGCCAGUUGGAAAGCGAUUUCUACAUUUCGGAAACUGGAGAAUCAGAUGUUGACUGGGGACUGUUUAACUUGCGAUAUGCCUUUUCAACCUGUGUCUUCGGAUACCCAGACUCAAUCUCAAACACUUCAUCACCAUGCCCAGUCGCAUGCGAUGGUGUCCGGCCAGCUGUAAGAACCGACAUUGAUGAUCCCAGCGUCUCAAAUCUGCACUCCUGGUGCGACGACGUCUCCUUCGCCGACAAUGUCGUGAACACAUGCGAAUUCUGCUACAACUUGACCACAACCCAGGUCUACAUGGCAAACUUCCUCGAAUCAAUCCGCUACAACUGCCAUUUCAAAACAGCAACGGGCAAAACCUUCGACAUAGCCCCAUCUCGAAUCUUCACCCAAUCCCUCCUCCCCUCAAGCCUGUCCCUAUCAACCCCAACAUCAGGCGGCUCAAAAGUGAACUUGGGCGUGGUAAUCGCUGUCCCAAUCGUAGGAUUCAUAAUCGUCCUGAUCGCCCUGGCAACGUGUUGCUUCUUCUUUAUCCGGCACCGCCGCAAGAAGGCCCGGCGUACCCGCCAGUCGCCAAACAUAUAUAACCAAUGGAAUGACCCGGGCGUCAUUUCCCCGUAUGGGGAUCAUCAGCAGAAUUGGUUGCAUGCGAAUGCUAAUGCCAACGCCAACGCUGGCUAUGGCUAUGGUUAUGGCAAUGGUUUUGGCUUCGUUGAUAAUGAUGGGCGUGGGCAGCAGCUUCCGGAUCAGAGUCAGCAGCUGAAGGGUGGCUUCUCGCCGGUUUUUACUGAAACAUCGCCUGAUGUGCAGUAUCAGCAGCAGAACUUUGAGUCUCAGCAUAUGUUUCAGCAACAGCAGUAUCAACACCAGUAUCAGCAGCACCAACAGCAGGCACAGGCUGAAGCUCAAGCUCAAGCUCAGCAUCAGCCUCAGGUGCAUGAUCCUGAUAAGAAGGUCCCGCAACAAUGGGAGUAA